CACUGUCCUUCCUCAGAGAAGCACACUCUCUCCCUACUGCUCCAGAAUGGCUCCUACCUGCACCAGAGACUCUGACACCUCCAUGCUCUCCACCAAAGACAAACAUAAAUUAAGGAAACCAGCCGUGGAGAAAAUGCGCAGAGAUCGCAUCAAUAUCUGCAUAGAGCAGCUCAAGACUCUGCUGGAGAAGGAGUUCCACAAGCAGGACCCCAACGCCAAGCUGGAGAAGGCUGACAUCCUGGAGAUGACCGUGGUGUUCCUGAAGCAGCAGCUGCAGUCCAGGAGUAUGGUCCCUCUGAGGGCCCACGGUCAGGGCUACUCCCAGUGCUGGAGGGAGGCGCUGCACUUCCUGUCUGCCAGCUCCACCAAGGAUGCCACACUCCAACACCUCCAGCACCUCCAGCACCUCCAUGGUGCCCAGAGAGUAUCCCUGGACGUCUGUGCCGCCUCUCCCCUCUCCUCCCAGCUCCACAGCCAGGGCCCAGUCAAGCAGGCCACCAGCACCCACAAACCAGUGUGGAGGCCCUGGUAGAGCCCUUGUACAGAUUCUGUACCUGGAGGACUGUCCACUAUCCUGAGUAGGAAACAUGUUUCCAAAUGUUUUACUGGAUGUUCUACGUUUCUUGAUAGAAAAGAACUCCACUGAUGUUACACUCGCAGAGAAAAAGCUGAAAACAGUUUUACAGUACUUCGUUAUGAAGUAGAUGUUUUCUAUAUACUUUGAUGAGUGAUGAAUACAGUUUGUGCUUUUAUGAAGCAAUAUUGUGUUGUUUUACCCUUUCAUUUUCUGAGAAAAUGUUGUGUAAAGAUGUUAUCUUUAUUUACUGAUGGUUGCUUUGCCAACUGAAACUUUUCUUUAACUUCCAUUUUUUAUGUUCCUAUUGAGGGAUAUUGAUUCUAAGACAUGAUCGUCCUUUUUGUAAAGGCUUUGUGAAUCCUUUUGUGAAGGAUAUUGAUAUCAUUACUUGAAAGAUGUUAUCUAAUCUGAUGGUUGCUUGGCCAACUGAAACCUGAAAACCAUUCUAUUGAAGGAUAUUGAGUCCAAGAUUUUUUUUAUGCCUUUUGUAAAGGCUUUUUGGAUAGUUUUGUAAAGGCUUUGUGAAUCCUUUUGUAAAAUUGUUUUUUCCAGUCUUUUGUGAAGACUAUAUACUUUGUUUUAGGAUAUUGUUUUGAGAAGUGAAUAUGCCUUUUAGAAAGUCUGUAUGGAACAAUGGUCUUCUUUUGUGAAGACUAUAUUCUUUGUUUUAGGAUAUUGUUUUUGAGAAGUUGAUAUGCCUUUUAGAAAGUCUACAUGGAACAAUAUGUCCCAACCUGUCUCAUUUUUCUCUUACAGUUCACUGUUGACACUGUGUGUCUUCUGUAUUUCUUGUUGAAAAUGAUCAACUUUGACAUGAGUGACAGCAGCUUCAAAGAGGACUGCUUCAUUUCUUGUAUAAAUA